AUGACGCACGUCAAGGCUGGCCAGCGACGCCGCGCCAAGGCACCCAAGUCUCCACGAGUCCGCCGCGUCAAGUGCGACGAGGGUCGCCCAGCCUGCCAUAGAUGUACAUCCACUGGCCGCACAUGCGAUGGCUACGGCCCCAUUGUCGUCGCCACGCCGUCCCCGCCAGUCUCCCUCUCCCAGGUCAAAUACUCGGGACCGGAAUGGCGCUCCUUUCAGUACUUUCACGAAAAGACGCUCAAGCAGCUGUGCACAUUCUUCCCCGACGACUUUUGGACCUCGUACGUCCUGAAAAUCGCAAACACCGAGACCAGCAUCUGGCAUUCCCUCAUCGCCCUGUCCUCGUACCACGAGCUCUUCUCCGAGCAGCGCAUGCCGCGCCAGCAGGUGGAAGACUACUUUGCGCUCAACCAAUACAACUCCUCCAUUAAACAGGUCUUGAACAUGGACAAGAGCUCUAAAAGCGCCCACAUACAGCUUGCGUCUUGUAUCCUUUUCAUCUGCGUCGAGACGCUUCGAGGCCAAAUCCUGCAAGUUGUAAGGCUAGUCACUCUAGGGUAUAGAAUCCUACAAGCAGAAGAUGCCCUGGAUAAAACGUUUCGGCCGCCCGCCCCGGACGCAUCAGACAGGCGAAAGCUUUUUGCUCUCGCCCGCAACUUUCUCAGCCAAGUUGUCUGCCAAAUAUACAUUCUUAUAAACGAUCUUGAUCCUGGCGUCAAUGCCAUUGCCGCCAAUAUUAUCGAGAGCGGCCACGGCCCCGGCCCGCGUGGCUACCGCUUCAACACCACCACCGACGCCCAGUCCGUCCUCAACAGCAUGCGUCUGCACUUUGACCAGUACGACGAGGGCGCGAUCGAGGUAGCGCGCUCCAACCUCGCCGCGUGGACCCUGGCCUUUGACGCCUUCAAGCGCGCUAUGCCGGCCCACCUCGUCACGCCCGCCGAGCGCCGCGCCAUGGCGCUCCUCGAGCUGCGCCGGCUGUACUUUGCCGCCGAGCUCUCCGUCAACCUCGUGCGCGGGCCCGUGGACCCCAUGCUGUGGGACGCCCACCGCGAGUCCUUUGUCAAGAUUCUCGCCCUCGCCGAGAUUGCCAUGGCGCAGGACGACGACGACGGCGGUGACGGCGACGGCGACGGCGGCGGCAGCCGGCCCCAGUUUCACAUGAACUCGGGCCCCGUGCUCGUACUGUACGGCCUGGUGCAGAAGUGCCGCGACAUGGAACUGCGCAUGCGCGCGAUCCGGCUGCUCGCGUCGCAGAACCGCCAAGAGGGCAUAUGGAGCAGCAGGAUGGUGCUGGGUACCGUCCUGCGCGUCGUGGCGAUUGAGCAGCGUGGCCUCGUCAAUCCCAGGACAUGUGCUGAUAUUCCCCGCGAAAACAGGGUGAGCACUAUCAAGGUUGUCGAGAACAGCCCUGGUGACUACACGGUAGGAUUUCUGCUGCACACCGGUUGGCACUGGGAGAAUGCCAGCGCAUUCCUAUCAUAA